GAUCAACUGACAUAUUUCAUUGGAAUUUGAAAGAGCAAUUAUACAAGCAACCGAAGGCAUUAAUUUCCCGAAACUGAAUGGUGAGAUCUCGGAAGGAGAUUUGGAAUUGAUCGAAAAUGGACAGCGGGUCAAGCGACGGCGAAGCGGCGGCACUCAAGAAGAUACCGGCGUCGGCUGCCAUGCUUUGGAUUCGAAAUCUUCGCCGCUUCAUCGGAUCCGGCACCGGCUUAGGAUACGAAGCUAUUAUUGAAUCGGAGACCAAGGAGAUUUUGCGGGACAUUUUUAAGGACAUGCAACAGAAGUGCGGGGAAGCUGAUUCAAUUCCUAGCUUCUACAAACAGAAACCUGACGAUGGUUCCAUCAACCAUAGGGUUCACAGGCUGGCCAAAUAUCGUUUUCUCAAGAAACAAUGUGAUCAUCUGCUGAAUGCUGAUGACCUGGAUGCAAUGUGGGUUCGCCUGAAGGAAAAUUGUGUUAUCGAUGAUGCAACUGGUGCUGAAAAGAUUAAUUAUGAAGACUUCUGCCAUGUUGCCGCUGUAUGCACGGAACAAAUAGGCCCCAAAUGCCAACGGUAUUUUGGUCCAUCCAAUUUCGUGAAGUUUGAGAAAGAUGCAUCUGGAAGAAUUUCUAUUCUCCCCUUUUAUCUCUAUGUGAUGCGCUCGGUUGCACUUACUCAAGCAAGAAUUGAUAUGAGUGAGCUUGAUGAUGAUUCUGAUGGCUUUCUUCAACCUCAUGAAUUGGAGGCGUAUAUAAGGGGACUUAUUCCAAAAUUGGCUCAGUUGAAGGACAUGCCUGUAGAUUUUGUUCAAAUGUACUGUCGCAUAGCUGCACACAAAUUCUUUUUCUUCUGUGAUCCAUAUAAACGAGGUAAUGCUUGCAUAACGAAGGUGUUGCUUAGUAAUAGUCUCCAGGAGCUAAUGGAACUGCACCAGGAAAGUGAGGAAGAAGCUACUGCUACUGAACAGGGUGAAAAUUGGUUCUCUUUGACAUCUGCUCAACGUAUCUGUGAUAUGUUCCUAGCUCUUGAUAAAGAUAUGAAUGGAACAUUAAGCAAACAGGAGCUUCGAGAUUAUGCAGAUGGAACAUUGACUGAUAUCUUCAUUGAGAGAGUGUUUGAUGAGAACGUACCACAUGGGACAAGUGGUGGUGGAAACACUGGGGAGAUGGAUUUCGAGAAUUUUCUCGACUUUGUUUUAGCUUUAGAAAACAAAGACACUCCAGAAGGAUUGACAUACUUAUCUAGGUGUCUUGAUCUUCAGGGAAGGGGAUUUGUCACAACUGCUGAUAUCCACACACUCUUCAGGGACGUACAAAAGAAAUGGAUUGAGGGUGGGAACUAUGAGCUGUGUGUCGAGGAUGUACGCAAUAAAAUCUGGGAUAUGGUGAAACCUGCCGAUCCACUGAAAAUAACUCUUGCGGAUAUGCUUGCGUGCAAACAGGGGGGCACAGUUGUGAGCAUGCUUGUAGAUGUGCAAGGUUUCUGGGCUCAUGAUAACCGAGAGAACCUUCUUUAGGAAGAGGAAGAGCCACCAGAAGAGGAACAACAAGUUUAAGAUAAACUAGUCUUCAGCCAAUAAUGGACUGAACUUCCAUGAUUCAAGCCAUUGUUAUGUGCACUUCCAGAUUUUGUUCAUCGAUCUCUUCCAUAUGCAUCAACAACUUUGCAAAGCUGAGCGCUAAAGGAUCUUCUGAUCUUGGCAUGUAUUCAUCCAGAAAAUAGAAGUAGCCUGACAAGCAUGCAUAGGGAUGACAAUGGGUCGCGUUUGCAAGGACCCAAGACCCAAUCUGAAUAUUUUCUAAUAUCCAAGACCCGAUCAGACCCAAACUUGUUUGGACCCAACGCUACCUGGAUCCUAUCCGAUGAAGACCUGCAAGACACAAUAAAGGCCCGAGGACCAAGGGUAUGGAAAAAAUUUAUAUAUAAAAAAUAGCAAUGUUGCUUUGGUAGCAGGCAGUGGCGGCGUAGCAGGCAGCAGCGCUGGCAGUGAAAAUGAUAUAAAAACCGUGAUCUGACCUCACCCGAUUGUUUUUCUACUGUACCCGACCCAAACCGGACGCAAUACUCAAAUAGUUGGACCCGAUCUCAAUUAAAUGAAUUGGUUUUGGGUUGUGUAUUGGGUCAAUCUGGACCCAUUGCCCUCCCUAAGCAUGAAGAAUGGCUUGAAUGGAGCUAAAAAGGCCAAUUUGUGAAGCUUGAAAGAGCUCCAAGGGUUACAAAAGGAUCCAGGGUAGGAGGGGGAGCCGUGGAGGCAAAACUCUUCAAUCUGACAUAAAGGAGGGAGUACAUCUACUAGGGAAAAAAAUAAGAUCCUUAUUUUUAUCUAAAUUGUCAGCAUUCUUAUCAAUAACAUUUUUACAUGUUAAAUACAAUUAACAAUCAGUUUGUCAAAACUCGUAGGAGGAAAUGAGAGAUUGAGAGGGGAGAAAACACAGGAGAUCUCGAUAGAAGCUCUCUAUGCUUAGCAAGGAAAUCUCCUUUUCGGUUAGGCUGCCCUUUAGGUACAGUGCAUGAGGAAACAUCAGCUCCUAUCUCAUCUGUUAUUCCAUCAUCCACAUUCCACAGAUACUGGAGACUGGAGGACUCUCUUAAUGUUGAUUCCAUGUGGUUCAUUGCUGGUCUCCAUUGAUUCGUAGUAAGUGUGAGGAGGAAGAUGCGGGAAGUUUGAAUUUCGAAGCAACAAAAAAACUAGAGUAGUUGAUUCACUUCGUUGUUAUUAAUGUGUGUUUUCGAACCGUUUCUUGUUUUAUUGUUGCUUAUUUAAGCUAAUUCGUAUGGUUGUGUUGUGAGUAUGUGUUCUUUUUGUGUAAUUUUUAUUUUGAAUUUUGUUUUUCUGCUUUAGCUCUGCUGCAAACUGAGUUUUUAGGUUUUAGUUAUGUCAUUAUGCUUUGUUGCUGCUUA